AUGAAUAAUAUACAUAAUAAAUUAUCAUCAGAUGGUGAAACUACAGCAAAUUCAGCAUCGCCAGCAUCACCACAACAUCAUCAGCAAACAACUGUCCCGUCAAUCGAACAAAUUGACAAGGUUUUACAAACAUUAUUUACACAUCAUGAUAGCAAUUUACAGAAUGAAGCAAAUAAAUGGUUGUUAGAGUUACAAAACCAUCCAAAUAUUGUACCACUUUGUUUAGAGUUAAUUAAAGUAAAUCAAACAUUCUUUUCACAAUUUUUUGGUAUCCAAACUUUAUAUACAAAGAUUCACAGCGAUUGGGAAUCAAAAUGGUCAGAUGAGUUUAGACAUAAUGUAAAAAAUACAGUUUUUAAUAGAUUCUUAUAUGAAAAGGAAUCAAAUAGUCCAGUUUUCAAUUCAAAAGUUUCAUCAUGUUUAUCUGCAGUUAAUUUGUUAAAUAUUUUAAACAGUGAUCAAUCUACUGAAGCAACUAAAAAGGGUAUACUAGAUAUAUUAUAUUUAUUACCAAUAGAGUUUGAAACAGUAAUUUUAUCAAAUAGUAGAAGAAUAGCAAUCAAAGAUAACUUUUAUCAAAACUCUGAAAGUGUUAUAAUGUCAAUUUCAAAAUUUUUAACUUUAAAUAUUUCAAGCCAAUUUAAUAUAUUACUAUUAAAAUCUGUAAGAAAUUGGAUACGAUUUUCAAAUUCAAAAGUUAUAUUAAAAAGUCAAUUACUUGCAAAUAUAUUUAAUAUUAUAAAUAAUCAAGAGGUAAUAAUAGAGUGUCUUAGUUUAAUAGGUGAUUUAAUUAAUUUCCAUACAUAUGUAUCGUUGAUUUCAACCAAUGAACGUCCAACUCAACCACAAGAUCCAGAUCAAGCAAAUUUUCAAUUAUUAAUUGUACCAACUAUAAGAAAGUUAAUGGAGUUAAAGCCAAUUUAUGAAGAAUCAAUUCAAAAAGAUAAUAUUUUUAUUUGUAGAGCAUUUGCAGAAUUGGUAUCACAAAUUGUAGAGUGUUAUGCACCAAUAAUGUUAGAUGUAAAUAUUUUAGAAGUACAACAAUGCUUAACAUUCCUUUUAGAACUUUGCUCACAUCCUAAUAAAGAGAUUUCAGAAAUAACAUUUGACGCUUGGUCUCUUCACAGCGAACAUGGUUCAAUACUUGAAACUGGUGGUGAGCCAUUCCAAAAAUUAUAUAUUAAAUUACUUCAAUUGCUUUUAGAGAGAUCAUCUUUUCCACCAGAUAUUCAAAAUGUUAAGCCAGAUUGUGAAUUGGCAGAAGAUAUGUCAAACUAUAGAAAUAAUGCAUGUGAUAUUAUAGUGUCUUGUUUUGAAAUGAUUAGAGGGGAUCAAUUUAUCGAGUUUAUUCAAAAUUUAUUAAAGAAUCAAUGUAAAUCAUGGCAAUCAUAUGAAGUUGUUUUUUAUGUGUUUAGAUGCGUUUGUUCAAAUAUGAUGGAGGAUGAUGACCCACUCAAAGGAAAGGAUAUACUGUCAUUCUCUUUGACUUUACCAUACCAUUCAACUCUUUCGACCACAAUUUUGUACCUUUUUGAGGAUUAUGGAGAUUUUAUUUCUGCCACCGAAUUACUCACACCCACUUUAAACUAUAUAUUAAAUUUGUUACAACAUACCGAAAUUAGAUUAAUAAACAUACUCCUUAAUCCAAUUAUUGUAUCUUUUAAAUCAAUUGUAUCAAUGCCAAAUGAUAAUUAUCUAGAAAAGAGUUUAUUGCUUGGAAAUUCUUUGGCAGUCUUGGACGCAUCAUUAAAUUUCCCAGAUGAUGCAAUUUUAUUAUUAAAAGAAUUUGUUUCUUCAUUUUGGGGUUUAUUAGAGGAGAUCAAUAAUUUAGCUAUAUCACAUUUAGAUUCAAAUUUGUUAGAGUUAUUAUGGAGUGUUUUUUGGAAAAUAAUUGUAGGUUUAGAGAGACAGUUCCCAUUUUUAGAUAAAAUAUUUGUAAUGUUAUUAUCAGCCAUCAAUCAAUUCAAGACUUUGGGUUCAAAACUUUACGAGGUUAUGGGUCUCUUAAUAGACUUUUUUGGUAAGGACCCAACUUACCAAAAUCAUUUUAUAAAUUUAAUUUCAACACUUUUAAAUAGGGCAUUACCAGUUUUAGUCGAAAAUAACAGUGAAAGUACACCUACAAUUAUAAGGGUUUAUAAAUUAUUAUUAAAAGUACUAGAGCAAUGUCCUGUAGCAUUUAACUCUUCACCAAAUAUUGUCCAAAUAAUUGAUUUAUCAAUUGAAUUUUUAUUAAACGGUGAAAAUGAAUCAAUUAAAAGCAUUUUGGAUUUCCUCAAUCAUCUAUUUAUUAAAAUGAAUCCACACGAAUCAUUCUUAAAGAACUAUAGUUUAAAAACUUUAACAAAUGCAUUCAAAGCUUUAGUUAAUGACCAAAGUAGAGAUUUAACAAAUUAUAUUUCUUUAUUUUUAUAUAAUUGGGUCUCUAAAUAUUCAUCAACUAGUGAACAUCAAAGAGUAUUAUUGGAUUGCUUUGUACAAUCAACUUGGUUACCAGCCGAUGUACCAUAUUUUGAAAGAGAAAGAUUAUCAAAGUUAAUGCUAAUUACAAAUCAAACCAGAUUUAAAUCGCUUAUAACCGACAUCGCUUCAGUUUGCAAUCGCCAAAUGACAUAUGAUGUUUUUAUAUCUUAUGAACUUGGGACCGCUCAAAAUUUAUCUUAA